AAGUCAUCAUGACAUCAAAAGGAUCAGGAGAAUGACGUCAGAAAAGAUAUUAACAAAAUUGAUUGUUGUACAAAGUAGCAGAACAAACUGUGGCGCAUUCUGACAAUAAGCUUCUAAUAAUUGUUGAGCUUUCUAAUGUUAUGAUGCUGUGGCUUAUUUACGCAUGCUAAUGUCUGGCUUCUCAAGAAGUAGAGCUGUGACUCCAUAGAGAUGUCAGUUGGGAGUAGCACCUUGUCCUGGGGGGGGUCUCCCGCUUGAGUCCCGCUUGUGCUAAAGUUUAUUAUAGACACUGUUAUUGGUGGACUAAUUUCACACUUGCAGCAAGCUGCUUUGGCUGAAUUCAAAUAAUAGUGGUGCUUGACUGUUUGUUAUGUGUAAUGUUAUUGUAUGGACUACCUGCCAACUUUAAGAAUUAGUAAAACCCGUGCUAUUGUAGAAAUUUGCAUAGUACAUGGUAAGAUUCGAGUUCGUACAUAACUGACCUGACUUUUAGUGCUCCUUUAUGAUUGUCAUGUCGACGCAUACAUUUUAAAAUAUUUUACGAUAGAAUAACAAAGCCAAUUUUGAAAAAGACAAAUAAAGUUGCUGAGUGACUUUUCUAUGGCCCAAUUUUUCGGACCUGUCUAUUAUAUGGACCAACCUGUGCAGCGGCGACAUCAACUGAUGGAUCCAAUGUUAAGGGCAGCCGAAUUGUCAACAGCUGUUACGUGAAUAUUUUGUUAAUGAACUUAAAUAAGCAUUUCUGCUUGUGUGCAGUGCAGAUCGUUCUUGCUGUGACUACAGAGCGAUUGCCUACUCACAGCACCUCUACAGAAAGAAGUCUGCGAACCUUCUAUAAAUAGCGAACUUAUUGAAUAAGCAAUCUUUAGUAUUCUUCAUCAAAUUUUAGUAUUUUCUGGCCUUCAGGGUAGUGUUUUUCAAGUUCUAAGGUUAGCAGGUCUGGGACAACAUUGAUGUGUCCCACAUUUUACACGAGUUGUACUGCGCACACACAUCCAUUGCUUUUUUUAUGUUUCCUGGUAUGAAAAAUAAAAAUAAGAAGAGGGAAGCCUGCACCACCUUUAAGGUAUAGCAGGCAUAAAGCCAAUAUAAAAUCAAUGAAGAAGGUUUACAGAGGCAACCCAAAUUGAAUUUAGAGAAAAAAAAAACUGUAUGAAAAAAGAAAAAACAGUGCAGAGUUAAGCCUGCUGAAUUCCAUAGAUAAAUAGUCAUACAUAAUUGAAGAUGGAUGGAAGAGGCAGAAUGCACUCUAGAGACUACCUCCAGAAAACGACGCACCAACUGCAAUCAGCGCCCAAGCCCCACCCCCGACUGCUCCCUAGGGCCAUCCGCCGACGCCCCUGCAGGGACAUGCAGCAGUGGCUCGUAUUUUGUUGCAUUAGUUCAGAAGAGCCGGUGCAUCCAUCCACCUCAGCCGGACUCUCGCCAUGCUGCUGCGAUGCCAUUGGUCUGGAUGGCUGACAGCAGUACAUGGUAGUAGUCGACCAGGAAUGCUCGUCUGAGUGGUGUGCUGCAUAAAUUCUUAAUACAGUGAUGGGUGACAGAGCCAGUAAAUGGGCAACAGAGGCUAAAGAGGAAGCACAUAAUUAGGAGAAUAAAGAAUGUGGUUGAGCCAUCCAGUACGGGGAAGCCUCGCCAUAGUUGGCAUAUACAGUGUGGAUGGCGAAGAACAGUCAUGUAAAAUUAAUAUGAAGUGGUGAAGCAAGAGUGAGAUGGAAGAGGUGAUUAGUGAGUAUCAGGGAGAAUGGAAGAGAACAGAAUGGGAGAGGAGGAAACGGAAAGAGCGACGAGCUGUACCAAUCUCAGGAGCAGGGCCCAAGAUUGUUUGGAUUUCAGCAGGACGGGAUAAACAUCGGGUGAUAGUGUGUCGACGCGUGUGAGCGCUCGUAAUUGAUACAGGCCGCCACUGGAAUCUGAACCUUGCAACGUUUAACGCUAGAAUGUUAUCCACUGAGGCGAGUCUAGCAGUGCUAUUGGAGGAAUUAGAAGGCAGUAAAUGAGAUAUAAUAGGGCUCAGAGAAGUUAGGAGGACGAAAGAGGCAUAUACAGUGCUAAAAAGCGGGCCCGUCCUGUGCUACCGGGGCUUAGCGGAGAGACGAGAACUAGGUGUUGGAUUCCUGAUUAUUAAGGGUAUAGCUGGUAACAUACAGGAAUUCUAUAGCAUUAAUGAGAGGGUGGCAGGUCUUGUGAAACUUAAUAAGAGGUACAAAUUGAAAAUCGUAGAGGUCUACACCCCUACAUCCAGUCAUGAUGACCAGGAAGUCGAAAGCUUCUAUGAAGACGUGGAAUCGGCAAUGGGUAAAGUCAACACAAAAUACAGUGUAAUGAUGGGCGACUUCAAUGCCAAGGUAGGCAAGAAGCAGGCUGGAGACAAGGCAGUGGGGGAAUAUGGCAUAGGUUCUAGGAAUAGCAGGGGAGAGUUAUUAGUAGAGUUUGCAGGACAGAAUAAUAUGCGGAUAAUGAAUACCUUCUUCUGCAAGCGGGAUAGCCGAAAGUGGACGUGGAAGAGCCCGAAUGGCGAGACUAGAAAUGAAAUAGACUUUAUACUCUGCGCUAACCCUGGCAUUAUACGAGAUGUGCACGUGCUCAGCAAGGUGCGCUGCAGUGACUAUAGCAUGGUAAGAACUCGAAUUAGCCUAGACUUGAGGAGGGAACGGAAGAAACUGUUAAAUAAGAAGCCGAUCAAUCAGUUAGCGGUAAGAGGGAAAAUAGAGGAAUUCCAGAUCAAGCUACAGAACAGGUAUUCGGCCUUAACUCAGGAAGAGGACCUUAGUGUUGAAGAUAUGAACGAGAAUCUUAUGGGCAUCAUUAAGGAGGGUGCAAUAGAAGUCGGUGGUAACUCCGUUAGACAGGAUGCCAGUAAGCUAUCGCAGGAGACGAAAGAUCUGAUCAAGAAACGCCAAUGUAUGAAAGCCUCUAACCCUACAGCUAGAAUAGCACUGGCAGAACUUUCGAAGUUAAUCAACAAGCGUAAGACAGCUGACAUAAGGAAGUAUAAUAUGGAUAGAAUUGAACAUGCUGUCAGGAACGGAGGAAGCCUAAAAGCAGUGAAGAAGAAACUAGGAAUAGGGAAGAAUCAGAUGUAUGCGUUAAGAGACAAAGCCGGCAAUAUCAUUACUAAUAUGGAUGAAAUAGUUCAAGUGGCUGAGGAGUUCUAUAGAGAUUUAUACAGUACCAGUGGCACCCACGACGAUAGUGGAAGAGAGAAUAGUCUAGAGGAAUUUGAAAUCCCAGAAGUAACGCCGGAAGAAGUAAAGAACGCCUUGGCAGCUAUGCAAAGGGGGAAGGCAGCUGGGGAGGAUCAGGUAACAGCAGAUUUGUUCAAGGAUGAUGGGCACAUUGUUCUAGAAAAACUGGCCACCCUGUAUACGCAAUGCCUCAUGACUUCGAGCAUACCGGAAUCUUGGAAGAACGCUAACAUAAUCCUAAUCCAUUAGAGAGGAGACGCCAAAGACUUGAAAAAUUAUAGACCGAUUAGCUUACUGUCCGUUGCCUACAAAGUAUUUACUAAGGUAAUCCUAAAUAGAAUCAGGAACACCUUAGACUUCUGUCAACCAAAGGACCAGGCAGGAUUCCGUAAAGGCUACUCAACAAUAAACCAUAUUCACACUAUCAGUCCGGUGAUAGAGCAAUGUGCGGAAUAUAACCAAUCCUUAUAUAUAGCUUUCACUGAUUACAAGAAAGCGUUUGAUUCUGUUGAAAUCUCAGCAGUCAUGGAGGCAUUACGGAAUCAGGGUGUAGAUGAGCCGUAUGUAAAUAUAUACUGAAAGAUAUCUAUAACGGCUCCACAGCCAUCCUAGUCCAUAAAGAAAGCAACAAAAUCCCAAUAAAGGAAGGUGUCAGGCAGGGAGAUACGAUCUCUCCAAUGCUAUUCACAGCGUGUUUACAGAUGGUAUUCAGAGACCUGGAUUGGGAAGAAUUGGGGAUAGGAGUUAAUGGAGAAUACCUUAGUAACUUGCGAUUCACUGAUGAUAUUGCCUUGCUUAGUAACUCAGGGGACCAACUGCAAUGCAUGCUCACUGACCUAGAGAGGUAAAGCAGAAGGGUGGGUCUAAAAAUUAAUCUGCAGAAAACUAAAGUAAUGUUUAACAGUCUCGGAAGAGAACAGCAAUUUACAGUAGGUAGCAAGGCACUGGAAGUGGUAAGGGAAUACAUCUACUUAGGACAGGUAGUGACCACGGAUCUGGAUCAUGAGACUGAAAUAAUCAGAAGAAUAAGAACGGGCUGGAGUACGUUUGGCAGGCAUUCUCAGAUCAUGAACAGCAGCUUGCCAUUAUCCCUCAAGAGAAAAGUGUAUAAUAGCUGUGUCUUACCAGUACUCACCUAUGGGGCAGAAACCUGGAGGCUUACGAAAAGGGUUCUAUUUUAAUUGAGGACGACGGAACGAGCUUUGGAAAGAAGAAUGAUAGGUUUAACGUUAAGGGAUAAGAAAAGAGCAGAUUGGUUGAGGGAACAAACGCGAGUUAAUGACAUCUUAGUUGAAAUCAAGAAAAAGAAAUGAGCAUGGGCAGGACAUGUAAUGAGGAGGGAAGAUGACCGGUGGUCAUUAAGGGUUACGGAUUGGAUUCCAAGGGAAGGAAAGCGUAGCAGGUGGCGGCAGAAAGUUAGGUGGGCAGACGAGAUUAAGAAGAUUGCAGGGACUACAAGGCCACAAUUAGUACAUGACCACGGUAGUUGGAGAAGUAUGGGAGAGGCCUUUGCCCUGCAGUGGGUGUAACUAGGCUGAUGAUGCUGAUGAUGAUGAUGUUGAAUUGAGACAGAAUGCAUGCGGUUAGCAUGCACCGAGGUCAAAUAGUGUGUUGCAUCAAGACAAGUAUCCCCGCGCGCACACUGAUCAAAGGCACUGAGAUUAAAACGGUGAAGGCAAUAGUGAAAGUGCCUGUGCCCUGUGAAAAAAAUGAGCCAAAAAGCAGUUGGGGGGGAACCAGCACGGUAUUCUGCAAACGCUGCACACCCAUUUGUAAAGGGGAGUGUUGAUUCCCUCGCACUGCCAGUAACAGUGCCGUUGAUCUUGAGCAAGUUUGAUAAACUGAUUGCGCUGUAAUGAGACCAGCGCAAACUAAGCUGGUGGCCACUGUGGACAACACAGCUGAAUGUGCUAUUACAUUUCCCACCAGGCCCCUGUGACCAGGGACAUGAUAAAGAAAGAUAAAGUGUUAGCAACGGGCUCUUUUAUUGUUCGAACAACUUCAAGCAAUAUGACCCUAGCACCCUGGAUACAGUUGUGGCGAUAUGCGUCUGCAAGAAAUGUUGGCUCCACUCCACUCCGCUCUCGAGAAAAAAAGGUGCAUUUGUUCUUUUUUUCUUCUCUCUCUCUCUCUUUGUUUCUUUUGGCACCCUCCUGUCAUUCUGCUCUUCUGUAAGUGUUCCCUUAACCAUUUGGAUAAUCAAGCAUUCUGUGCCUUGGUAGCGGUGGUGUCUUUCGUGAUCAAAGAGCACUUCUGCAGUUUUGAAAGUUGUGGUAAUUUAAACCACCUCCACUCUCCCUGCUCUCUUG